UUCGAGUCAAUACUUGAGAGAACCACAAGGCCACUCGUGCCAUGGAUGCCGAAUGCUCGCAGAUUGAGGUUCCCGCAGCCUUAGCUGCUGAACUGAGCCAAUGGCGUCGAGAGGUUUGUGUUGGCUGUGGCGCUAGUGCCAUGUUCUAUUGCCCGUAUUGUUGCAUGCCGCUGGGAGUUCCAGAAGGUGUCACUGUUCCAAGGGUCAGGUUGCCCUUUGCACGCUGCGACAUCAUUUUUGAUGAUGCGCCGAAGAAGGCCACGAGCAUCCAUGCCAAAGUGCUUGCGCCAGAGCAAGUCCGCUUGAUUGACCUUUUCACGGCAGAGGGCAACUCAAACCGGACGUUGAGCCGUCCUGGAGGGAGCGCGAAAGCUACAGGAGCCGAAUGUGGCAAUGAGCACCCGGGAUCAGGCGAAGCAGACAAGUCAUCCGUGCUUCGAGAAAUCCCGGAGUAUGAUCCACAAAUCACCCUUGUGCUUUUUCCUGACGAUUCCAGUGCGACCUUUGAAGAGGUUGUUUCCCAGAAUGGCUUGGGACCGCCUGAGCAUUUGACUCUGGUUGUCAUCGAUUCCCCAUGGAAAAGAGCGCAGGUGCUUCGAAAGCACCCGCGACUGGCAAAUCUUCAAUCCAUCCGUCUCGGACAUCCACCACCCUCACGAUUCUGGCGGUAUCAUUCUGAGGGAACAGGCUGCGUCUCAACUGUGGAGGCCUUGGCCGCUCUUGCCAAAGAAGUUCUUCCCUUCAAAGGAGGGAUGAAGAGCGCUGCGGAGAUGCCUGGUCUAGACCCACUGAUGAACGACCCUUUCCUUUUCUUUUUCGUUCGACAGUUUGCUUACAUUGCGGAGAGACACCUUUCAGGCGCUGAGCGCCCGAUGGAUGCUUCAGCAAAGCAACGGCGCAUGGAGCAGGUACGGCAGAAGGAUCGCUCCAAGCGGCCCAAGCUCCGACCAUUUGGUCCCUGCGAGGGAACUUGAUGUGGGCAGUUUCAUGUGAUGUUCGGCAUCUCGCUAUUCGAGUUUCGCUUCUUUAUUAAUAUAGCUUCUUGUUACUGCUAGUAAGGCACUUGUUACUAGAAGCGAUGCACUUGUUCCUAGUAGCUUAUUGUUUCUAAAAUUAUUUUUAUUUAUAUAUUUCUUUUUUUCUGGGGCAAUUUUCGUCAAUUAUAUAUUUUUCUCACCAUUGUCACCGCAUCACCAUUCUUGCGCCGCCCAGGCUUGGCGAUUGUUCAAUUUUCUUGCAGUGUUGUCAUUGUAGUCGCAUUUUUUAAUUUAGGAGGGUGGACGGUGCGAGACAAGGUCAAGCAUGGAUCGAAAUGCGACAUCACUUUCUUCUACAACACCCUUUUUCAUUUGGCGUUCUUCCUACAUCAUCUUUGUCUUCGUGCAACCAACCUUGGCAUUUUUCCUUUCAACCCAUGCUUUGCUCAACAAGUCAGAACAAUGACUUCGUCAAAUGUGCAGGGAAGGGCCAUGAUGGCCAUGAAAGGGAGGGAACAAAACAACAUUUACACCAACAUAGAAAACAUAUGAGCAACUACCAAAACCUCCGAUGAAGGCAGCAUCACUACAGUGAAGACUAAGUAAGUAAAGUGAAGGAAACCUUCAGGAAUGAUAAGGUUCACAAAAAAACGAUAAGGUUUUAGUACAUGUUCUCAGGUGUGUCCAAACCAUCAGGAACGAGUUUUGCACGUUGCUCAUAUGAACACAUAUUGCCCAGAUAGCGUUUUCAAGUAAGAAAACUUACGAGGAAUAUUUAUGCGGUCGCUUGGUCGCUUUCGCAGAGUGAUCAGAAUGAAUAUUUACACUCUGCGAAACCAGCAUUAGACCCCAAACAGUUUUUAAGUGCUUGAAUUUCAGGUCAGGAAACGGACCCAUCUAGACAAGGCCAGGGACAGGGCCGAGACAAGUGCACAAGGCAGCAAGGCAAGACGGAAGCGUGCCCCACCGGGCAAACAUGGCUUCGGACAACAGGGCCUGGUUUUGUGAGACGCAAUGACCCCUGUAGUUUCCAGCUACCUGGGGAACAAAGAGGCAUUGUAUGGCAUUGAGAGCAUAGUGAGCAUUUGUGAGCCCUUGUUGUGCGUAGACGUGUGGGGGACACGUUGCGCAUGAAAACGGUAGGUGUCUCAGACACCAGACGUAGGUGUCUCAGAUGCAUUUGUUGGACAGGCAAAGAACCAGCACAGGGAGGCCCAAAGCGGAGAUGCGAAAAGUCGAGUGUGCAUUCUUUUAGAGACUUGGGAACGGUUUGUUGAGACUCCAUCCAGCAUCGCAUUCUUGGAACAGAGAUUGCAUGGGCUGUCCAUGAGAUGUGUCUCUACCUCUCAAGCUGUAAGCUGUUUGACAUCAGUGGAGUGUCUUUUUUCCCUUUUCACCGCAGCGCUGCAGGCUGUAGAUUUCAGAUGCUGCGUUGGAGAGUUUUGCC